GAUCCAUCGUUGAUUAAAUUAUUUGCCAGCAGCUGCCGCCGUCUGCUGGAAAGAAUGCGCUGGAGGGUGGAAAUGGCACAUGGCGGCCAAUUCACAAACUAUACCACCAGAUUCCUUGUUUAUCCUGGUCCGGCCUCCAGAACCGUCCGCAGACGGGCUAUAAAAUCUUUGCCCACGGUCGUGCACUCCGUCAGUAGGCACAGCGAACGUGUCUAGGGCGGUGUGCCAGAUUUAGUGGAUCCGAAAAUCGGUCAACCCGGUUCCCGAUUCAAGAUACAAAAGGCCUCCAAAGGUGAAUAACCCAGUGCUGGAACGUUUGAAUCGACCGUUUAGAAACACCUUAACGCAGCAGUAGGAGCAACGCCGUCCCACCGCCAUGGGUAUUGUCCAGCUUGACAAUCAAACCGCCUACCGACCGGAAGCACUGAUUGGUGCGGACCAAUCGGGUCUACGAUACCUCGGCUGGAACGUACCACCGGAGGAGCUGGUGCACAUACCCGAACACUGGCUCCAGUUUCCCGAACCGGAAGCAUCCCUGCACUAUCUGCUCGGGCUGCUGUACAUCGCCUUUACCAUUUUCUCGCUCGUCGGCAAUGGGCUGGUCAUUUGGAUUUUUAUCGCCGCAAAAUCCCUACGGACACCCUCGAACGUAUUCGUGAUCAAUCUGGCCAUCUGUGAUUUCUUCAUGAUGGCCAAGACGCCGAUCUUCAUCUACAACUCCUUCACGAAAGGAUUCACGCUGGGGAACCUAGGAUGCCAGAUUUUCGGCUUCGUGGGAUCUCUGACCGGAAUCGGAGCUGGUGCUACCAACGCGCUCAUCGCAUACGAUCGUUACAACACCAUCACUCGCCCAUUCGAGGGAAGACUUACCCAAACGAAAGCCAUCAUCUUCAUCUGCCUCAUCUGGGCAUACACCAUUCCGUGGGGAGUGCUUCCGUUGCUGGAAAUCUGGGGACGUUUCGUACCCGAGGGUUUCCUCACAUCGUGCACCUUCGACUAUCUGUCCGGCACGUUCGACACGCGACUGUUUGUGGGAUCAAUCUUUACCUUCAGUUACGUACUACCGAUGAGCCUCAUCAUUUACUACUACAGCCAGAUUGUCAGCCAUGUCGUGAACCACGAAAAAUCCCUCCGCGAACAGGCCAAAAAGAUGAACGUAGAAUCGCUGCGAUCGAAUCAAACCAAGAACGAUGCCUCAGUUGAGAUCCGAAUUGCGAAGGCAGCCAUCACCGUUUGCUUCCUGUUUGUUGCCUCGUGGACACCGUACGCGGUACUGGCACUGAUUGGAGCGUUCGGCGACAAGAGCCUUCUGACACCGGGCGUCACGAUGUUCCCCGCUUGCGCCUGCAAGUUUGUAGCCUGUUUAGACCCCUACGUGUACGCUAUUAGCCACCCGAGAUACCGUAUCGAGCUGCAGAAGCGUCUGCCCUGGUUGGCCAUUACCGAAACGUUGCCGGCCGAGAACGCUUCGACAUGUACGGAGCAGCAGGACGGAAACGCUACCACGCAAUCGUAAGCCUGAUGCGUUGGGUGCAUAGCUCCGGGUAGUUACUAGCAGGCACUGUUAACGAAACAUACGAUACUUACACAACGCCACGUCUAAUGAACCCGAGCACGGAAACUUCUGUUCUUAAGUGAUUUCUAAUUGUUUAAAAUCAUUAUUUGUCGAAAUGAUACCAAAACAUUGAAUAAAGAACUUUAAAUGCAAUCUACAGAACUGGC